AUGACGAAGGUUAACAUCCCAACUUCGUUGACAUCCGCUCCGCCUCCCGCUGCCGUCUCCAUGGAAGACUAUCACGACUGGACAGCACGAAAAGCCGCCUCGUACGGCCGAGUCCUUGAAAAUGCACUAGCAAAAAUCAAAAAGGAAGCUGAAGUCGCAUCUUACUCCAACCUACCCCUCGCCGUCAUCACCUUCAAGGACCUCUUUCAACACUCCACGCCAUCCUCGGAAUGGGAAUGGGAUCCCAAGGUCGAGGUGCAGACGAGGACUCUCGUCACACAAAAGUUUAUGGAGAAAAAGAAGAAGCAGGGCUAUGGUUCGGCUUUUCGCAGGAAAGGUAUUGACUUGCAGCCACAACGACCGUCACCUUCUGAAGCCGAGGGUGCACAGUCCUCCGUCUUUAACAACUAUAAACAGAACCCGACACUCCGAAAACACACCCUUCUCUAUAUCUCCGCCCCUUCUGUUAGGCCACAUUACACGGUUGUCCUCCAGCACAGCGAGUCUAUCCUCAAGCCAAAAUCUGCUUCUCCUGGAAUUCCGUCAUUAAUGAAGCUUUCCGCUCGUACUUUUGGCCAAGCUAUUGUUAUGGGUCGAGACCCUGCCGACUUCGAAGGAGACUCUAAGUGGUAUUCCUAUUGUGAUGAGAAUAGCCUAUUGUGGCGCUUUCUCGGAGAAACAGUACGAGGCCAUAUAACACAGCUCCUGGUGGAAGCUUUGAAGCAGGAUUGGUUCCCAGAGGAUCUCGCUUGCACGAUAAUAUCACAAUGUGUACAUGCUGGGGAUGGAUAUCUGGCGGAAAAAUUCUUUCAUGCAGCGUACGAAAAGACACACGAAGACAGUACCCGCUCCGUCGCUCGUCGCCGUGGUGAACUCGCUCCAGACCCGUGGACUCAGAUUCUAUAUAUUCCCGAUGUACUCUACCGACAGUUACGCGUUGCCACCGAUAUUAGACGCGAGAUUAUGGUUGAAAAUUGGUUCCGCGAUGUACUGAUAGCUGGGGCUUCGGAAAUUGGAUCAUACAUGGAGAUAUCAGGAUAUACACUUCAUUGUUUAGAACUCUUUCUUGGUAUAGAAACUUGGGAAUCUGGCCUUCAACGCAGACGUUUGAAUCGCAGCGGGAAGCAGAUGAGAAAAAAGAGGUAUGAAAGCUUCAAGGAAGGGUGGCUAUUCCAGGCAAAGGAUCUCAUUGUUUAUAAGGCAGCAAGGACGGCUGAAGACCUGGUAGCGCGACUUUUCGAGGUUGGUUGGAAAGGUGGUGAGGACAGCGAGCACAGGCUGGCAGCGAGGAACGUUAUGGGGAGCUUGGUACAAAGAAUGAUCAACUGGUCGGAAGCUUAUAAUCACCCAAUCGAAGAACUUGCAGGCGUGACCAGUCGAUCAGCAAGAACCGUAGCACUAUGCGCGGUUUUAACUAGCGCGGAUGAGCUAGGUGUACUGGUAGAUGAUGUUGUUAGGGAGCUAGUCGAGCUCUUAUUGGUAAUUGCUGUCGAAAAUCCCGAAGCGCCGAAAACGACCCGCUGGGAGAAAGGUUCAGAUACGGAGAAUUUCGAUAUCAAGGAUUUGGCAGACGAUGUCUGCGGCGUGAUGAAGCAGGCCUGGGACUCUUUCGAUAGGCAGAAGGAGUUUAUGGAAUUCCUUCUAAGUCUCGCUGUUGAGGAUCCGGAGCCCGACGUUACAAAAACACCAAUACCAGGCGACAAAUCCAAGUUGCUACAAAAGCGACAAUCAUACCUACUCGCGACAUUCGCCUACCAUCUUGCAACUUCGAUCGCCGAGUCAAGCAAAUCGGAACCUGCACAGCUAUUCGCGACUAAGGUCGAGCAAACCCUAGUCGGAAUGAAGAUAUGGAGGGGCGGUUUGUUGAAGGCAUCGGAGCUGAAGACGCCAAAGUUCUCGAACUUAGUCAGAGACCUCGCCCUAACCGAUGCCAGGAACAACGGUUGGCGGUGGGAGCCAAUGCUCAAUGAUUGGGUGGAAGAUACAUCGGACUCAGAUGGUCACAAGGCUGGCGAGGGAGCUAAGGUUGUUCGAAGGGUCUCGAGGAAAUUAUUCGAACUCCCAAAAUCGCGAUCAAAAUCAAUAGCGAAAAAUACCAAACUGCAACCAAAAGAGCGACCCAAGGCGUGCUUCUUAGAUGACUCUAAUAACGAGAGAUUGGCAACUUUAAAUAGUAACGGGAAUCCAUUCUCUUCGGAAUCCGAUUCUGAUAAUAGCGACUACCAAGGAGACUCCAGCGUCUAUCCUAAUAGUGCGGAUACGACAAUGACGGAGCCCGAUACGGAAUCGCCCGAAUCUCUAGAAAAGCCGACCCUAUCAAGCUUUUUGCUAGAGGUAUGCAUUCCAUCAAGGGGAUCGGAGACAACUGAAGCUCUCUCAGCCUCAAAAAGAGAUAGUACUAUGAAAAGACCUGAGGGGUAUGAUUUACGGGGAGACAGUGCCGUCGAAGUUAUAAUUGUCGCACCGCCCAGAAGGAGAGGGAGACCUAGGAAGAAUCCCAGCCCAACCAUUCGUGUGCAGCCCGUCCGAGAACCAUCCCCUGAUUCGGCAUACGAACCAGACGACGACGACGAAUAUGAGGAACUACGGCAUCAAAGCCAAAAUAAGGGAAAGGAAUUGGGACAGUUUGCAAUGGGAGAUAGAUCUCACCAGACGCGUACAGCGUCGAAGAGGAAGCAAGAUAUGGACAUCUACCAAGAUGAGCUGGAUUUGACUUCUCGCACCCCGCUGAAAGCAAAGAAGCAAAAGCGAUGGUCCAUGGACGCUAUUGUUCUAAAGGACAUAGAGAAAUCAAAGCUGAAUGAAAAGUUGGCCAAAGGCAGAAGGAAAUCCGGAGGAAUGGAUAAUAUCAUGCCAGCUGGGAGGGGUAGGCCAAGGACAAGAGUCUUGUGA